AGGGCGUCUCUUUGACCGCCAUGCUCGCUCUGCUUCACUGUGGCCGCAGGGUUCUGGCUGACAGGACGGUCCAGAGCUUAAAUAAAAGUUAUUACUCCUCACAGAUGGCUAAGCGCGUGGCGGUGGUGCUGGCCGGCUGCGGAGUUUACGAUGGGAGUGAAAUCCACGAAGCCUCCGCUGUUUUGGUCCAUCUGAGCAGAGGAGGUGCCACAGUGCAGAUGUUUGCUCCCAACAUUGAUCAGAUGCACGUGGUGAACCACCUGAAAGGUGAACCAUCUCAGGAGAAGAGAAACGUUCUGGUGGAGAGUGCGAGGCUUGCCCGUGGAAACAUCCAGGACCUGUCUAAACUCAGCGCCAAAGACCACGAUGCUGUCAUAUUCCCAGGUGGUUUUGGGGCAGCAAAGAACCUUUGCACGUGGGCAGUGCAGGGGAAGGACUGUGUGGUUAAUGAUGAGGUGAAGGCCGCCCUGCAGGCGUUCCACAGCGAAGGUAAACCCAUCGGUCUCUGCUGCAUCUCACCUGUCCUGGCUGCCAAGGUGUUUCCCGGGUGUGAGGUCACCGUCGGCAUCGAGAAGGAUGACAAGUAUCCGGAUACGUCUGACACCGCAGCAGCCAUCAACCAGCUGGGCUGCAAGCACGUGAGCACGAGCGUCGCUCAGAGCCACGUGGACCAGAAGAACAAACUGGUCACCACCAGCGCCUUCAUGUGCAGCGCUCCGAUCCACGAGAUCUUUGACGGCAUCGGCUCGAUGGUGCAGAGCGUACUGAAGCUGGCCUGAUGUCACUGACAAGUAGACUGGGGUGGGGGGGGACCUGCUGAGCUGAUGUUCUUCUGACGAGCACAGAAUGAAAACGGCAUCUUGAUUUAAAAACAUGUAGAGAUACUCCGAAAGUGUGUUGCUGUGGUCGUUGUAACAUCUGCAUGACAUGAUUCUAGCACAUCUAAUGUAUGACUCAUCACCUUUAGUGAGCAUGUAAUAAAAAGCACAUCAGCUUUUCUGUUCAGUUUAU